UAAUGUGGGAUUACUAUAUGAAACUGUAGAAGUCAAGAGGAGGAAAUUCGGGACUACAUGAAAAUAAUUUGGUCUAAUUAUAUAGCAUAAAAAAAAGAGGAAUGAAGUCAGAUGACCCCAAACCAGUUCACUCUGGAGAGCUGAUUGGAAAAAAAGAUGAAAAUGUCAUAAUAUGGCAAAUAAAGGACUGGAAACCACUUCUCAGGGAAAGGCCUUUUGAAAGCAAAAUUAAGGUCACAAAUAUAUGAUGAGCAUCUAGUAUUUACAAGACACUGUACUUUAGCACAUACUGAUAUUUAAGUUAUUCUCCAAAGUGGAGAAAACGUUGGAGGAAGAGCAAUCUAGCCAUAUCAAAAAGCCCAGCUUGUUUGACUGAUGGUUCUUAAUCUUUUUGGAGAUCACAAAGCUCUUUAAAAAUCGGUUAAGGGUCAUGGUCCUUAUAAAAGGAAAAAAGGAAAAAGCCCAUGAAAUUGUGCAUGCAGUUACAGGGGUUCAUGGACUCCUGAAGUCCUUUGUAGAUUCUACGGAAGUCCAUGAUUAAGAACAUGACCUUGAAACUGUAACUUUUGGAAACAAUGAAGCAGAGUGUUGAGGGUUAAAGGGGAAGCUUGCUUGUCUCCGAAGCCUGGCCAGACCAAUGGCACAGCUCAGCCUCAAGCCAAGGAACCUGUCUGUGAACCUGAAACAUUGGCCCUCAGAAGCAGGAGAAGAUACCAGGGAACAUCUGGAUCUGACCACAAGCCCAGCAGAAGAGCGACGGUGCACAAGGGGCAGUUGUAGGUAAGAGUUCUGGGUCACUCUAUUUGAUUUUGAAAAAUUAUUCCCUCACUGAACUAGGCCUCAUCAUGCAUGAGUUUUCAUUCUAGCUUUGCCACUAACUAGCUGUAACCCUGUGAGCAAAUGUUCCAGCUGCUGUGAUCUUCCUUUCCUCAUCUUGGGGAGGGAGGGGUUAGGGCAGACCAUCUCUAGGUGCUUUCCUUUUCUAAGGCCUUUACCUGUAGUCAAGUGUCAGCUAAAUUGCCAUUCAAUUACCUUAUUUCACUGGUGUAUAUAAGAGACUACCUACCUCUAUUUUACUAUUUCAAAUUUAUGUGAAUUCCCCAAAGAUCCUACAUUUUCAAUUUCACAGUUCAUUUCCAAGGAACUUCAGAUUCUCCCAAAGCCCCAACUGGUUUAUAUAUCUCGACAAUGGUUUCCCAGACUACCUGUGUGUGUAUAUUGAACUACAAACACAAUUUUCCAUUUUUUUUUUUUUUUGGCCGCACCAUGCAGCUUGCAGGAUCUCAGUUCCCUGACCAGGGGUUGAACCCGGACCAUGGCAGUGAAAGCCCGGAAUCCUAACCACUAGGCCACCAGGGAACUCCCUCAUUUUUCUCUUUUCCAUUUUAUGGGUGCCGCUGAAGUGAAAAUAAGAAUUUUAUGGAAAUUCCAGACUUUUUUCUAAUCUCAUCAUCUAAAGAACAGCUGGUUUUGUAAUUGAUGAUAAUAAUUCUAACAGUUAUCACACAUAGUGCUAAAUGCUGUCGUGAGGAUUAUCUCACUCAGUCCUCACCACAACCUUAAGGACGGCCGUUAUCAUCAUUCCCUUCUACAGAUCAGGAAACUAAAGGUGAGGUAAGUAACUUGCCCAAGAAGACUUGUGUAAGCGGCAGAAUGAAUAUCUAAGCCCGGGUGGUCUGACCUGAGGCUCUACGCUCUGUCGCUCCAGCUCUCUUUAUUAACAAGUAAUAAUGAAACUGGAGAGCUCUGGAGAGCUCGUUGGUCAUUGUGGGAAUCUCCCUGGGGGGUGCACAGGCAGAGGUAAGGGCUGCUUUGCAAAACUCUGCAGGGCAGCUUUAGCAAGUCAGGGAAGUGUCACAUAAAGAGGAUUUCAGUGCAACUAGGCUCCAUGUCCCCUUGCGCAAGUCACUGAACCCCCGCUCCAGUUUUGGCCUCUGCAAAAUGAAAUCGUUGCAUGAAAAGAUCUCUGAGACCCCUUCAUAAUUCAAUGACCCUAAUGCUCCUUAAGUUAAAGAAGGCUGUAAAACAAGAAAGGGAAAGAGGAAGUGGAGGUGAGGUUGGGGAGAACCCAGCCCAUCAGCAUAGAACGCUCUUGUUGGGGUCUGCUCACCUCCCUCUGCAGCCCCCUGUUCCACAAAGAGAAGGGUUGUUUUGUUUGUUUGUUUCUUUGUAGGUUGUUUUUGACUUUGGUUCUUUACACAGUAGAAGUGAAAUGGAGAAUUAUCAAUUUUAUAUUUCGUAAGGCCCCAAAGCACAUACGCUUUUUUUUUUUAAUGUGUUCACCACGCUAGUUAUCUAUUUCCUGCUUCACAGAUGCCUACACAUGUGAAUUUUCACAGCAAACCCUCACAAACCCAGGUUUAGUAUUCAGUGAAACAGUGCCAAGAUUUAGAUGGGCUGAGGCAGGAACUUAAUCCUCUCAGGCUCAAUUAAAAUGCCAAAUUAAAUUAGGGUGGGUACUCAUGGCAUGAGUAUAACAUAGCACAAAUCCGUGUUUUUGCUUACAAAUUCAGUGAAAUUUCCAAGACACUGAAAGUGAAAUGCACUUAAGAAUUUACCAGUCUCCAGGAUGGAGCACACUCUUCUGGUUCAUUAAUGCAGUUCUAAAUAAGUGGAGGGCAAGAAAAGGUAAAACUCUUGAGUUUAGAUGAAACAAAUCACCGGGUUAGUUCAUAGAAAGAUGACCCUGUAUGUCUCCUGGAGCUUGAGCUUCGAGACCGAUGGACCAGAAAUUCAAAAUGUGUAUCCACGAUUGACUUUUUAUGGGACUUAAGCCAGUUAUUAACCUCAUUGAGCCCAAGUUUUUCCACCAGUAAAGUGGGAGUAAUAAUCUUUCUUUACAGGGUUGAAGAGUGGGAGAAAACACGAAAAGUUCUUGGACUAUCCUGGUCAAUAGUAGAUGUUCAAUAACACUCUGUUGCCUUCCUCUCCUGCCUUCCUGGUGACUGUCUGUUUUGCUACAGUUUCAGCUUCAGCAAGGAGCCUGAAAGAAAACCAUCAGCCCCCCAAGGACCAGCAGAAUGAGUGACAAUUCUACUUUGGCCCCUCCAACUUCAAACCAAGGUCCCACCACGCCACGCAAAGGACCCCCCAAGUUCAAGCAGAGGCAGACUCGGCAGUUCAAGAGCAAGCCUCCUAAGAAAGGUGUGAAAGGGUUUGGAGAUGACAUUCCGGGCAUGGAGGGACUAGGAACAGAUAUCACGGUGAUUUGUCCUUGGGAGACAUUCAGCCACUUGGAGCUGCACGAGCCCACUCAGUUUGGGAUCAUCUGAGGCACCAGAGGUUCUGCCCCUCUCAACAGCGUCUGCUGUAACUUUGGUUACUUCUGCCCUAUUGAUCUGCC